CAGUUGAAUAGUCUGAGGAUCUUGUGACGUGGUGGUGAUUGGUCACUUAACUGUAGCUAUAUUGAAAACUACUUAGCUAGCUAGUUAGCGGUAACUACAUUGUGAUUAAGCCGCCGGACGUCUGCUAUAUACAUUAACGAGUUUUAGUUUAUGUGGAAUAAAAAGUUUAUUAGGUUGUUUUGACGGGAAUAAAACUAUUUGCUGCUGAUUUGUCUGGUAAGUAAGCUGAGGCCUCACGAAGACCAGAUAGCAUCUGUAGCUAUUUAUUAGAUCCUCAGGGCUGUGGGAUCGUAUCUGCUGUGACUGACUGACCAGAACUCACACGGCGGCAGCAUGAAGCUCUACAGCCUCAGUAUCCACCAUAAAGGAGCGACCAAAGCCAACCUCCUUAAAUCGGCCUAUGACCUCUCAUCCUUCAGCUUCUUUCAGCGAUCCAGUGUUCAGGAGUUCAUGACCUUCACCAGUGCCUUGAUUGUUGAACGGACAUCACAAGGAAGCCGUGCCUCUGUCAAAGAACAAGAGUACCUGUGCCAUGUGUAUGUACGAAAUGACAACCUGAGCGCUGUAGUCAUUGCAGACACUGAAUACCCACAGAGAGUCUGUUUCACAUUGCUAGACAAGGUAUUAGAGGAGUUCUCCAGGCAAGUGGACAGUAUAGACUGGCCCUCUGGUAAUCCUGAAACCAUAAACUACAAAGCCCUGGAUAUUCACCUUUCUAAAUACCAGAACCCCAGGGAAGCAGAUGCAAUGACCAAAGUGCAGGCAGAGCUGGAUGAGACAAAGAUCAUUUUGCACAACACCAUGGAAAGUCUGUUGGAGAGAGGAGAGAAACUGGAUGAUCUUGUGGCAAAGUCAGAGCACCUGGGAAACCAGUCCAAAGCCUUCUACAAGACUGCACGAAAACAGAACUCAUGCUGUGAAAUCAUGUGAUGCCGCUGCCUUGUCCUCGUGGACACGCCUCUCUCUGCCUUUCUGCUUUUCCUACAACUCCCAUCACGCACCAGCCACCAGCUCUCAACACAAAGGACAGAACAGACGCUGUCUAAUCCGGGAUGGCGUGCCGGGAUGAGAGCACAGAGGGUGGAAGGUGGUGGCCAGUCUUAAGUGUGACCUGUCCGGAUUGUGACUGAUGGGGGCUGAAGGAGUGAUGGGGUUUGGUCGGCGGAAGAAGUAACAUUUGAUUUAUUUUUAACCUUUCAAAGGGUAAACAUCUGUGUGGUGUUUCAAUACCAGCUGCAAACAUAAUAGUGUGACGUUGUGUAUCGGUGAUGUGUUGUUGAAACGUCUUCAAACGAUUUAAUGUUAUUCAGAUUUAAUCAAAUCUUGACAGUUUGAUUUCAGCUCUUAAAAUUCUCAAAAGAGUAUUAACCACAAUGAUGCUUCUGCUUCAAGGCAACUCUGACAAUCUCACAGUCUUAUCUUGUGAUUUCAUAAAAUGCGUCAGCGUUUCGGUUCAAUUCUUCAAAACCCAAACUGUUUUUCUUGCAGGUGUAACCUUUGUUGCCCACUAGGUGGCCCUGUUUAUUUACUUUAUUGCUCCAAUGAGCCUCAGCGUUGAGGCAAAUGUAAAAACUCUGUGAGCCAAGACUGCAAGUGGCUUCUUGGGCGUGUGAUUUAAAAAUCUCACCAAAUUUUACAAUUAUUUUGAAACGUCUUUGCUAGACUGGUUACAUGACUUCUUUGAUUUUUUUUCUUUUUCUUCUCUGUGUUAUAGUGUUAAAUGAAACCUUAAACAUUCCCACUUUUGGUGAGUGUGUUGUUGAGUGAUCUUAAAGCUGAUGAGAAGUGGGAGAAUAGAUGUGAAAUGUAGAAAGAUGUUUCUUCAUAGACGCAGCCUUAUUGCAGUGUGGCUAACAUGUAACCCCCUGUCCUGUUUAGAGAUGAUGUCGUCUUAUAUGAAGGACAGGACUUGUAAGCUAUUCUCUUUUACUUUAUAUAUUGUAGCCAUGUUUUUCACUCUGGUAGCCAACAUACGUGACACUUAAGCAGGUUUUUAGAGUCCAAAAGCUCACACAGACCUCUGCAGUCAGGGGCUUAUCUGUACCUCUCAAACCUGGGAUUACUGACAUUUUACCAUCAUUUACUGUGACUGAGGUGAUUCUGGGAAACCUCAGGCGCUGUUGCAAUUCUGGCUUCUUUUUUGCGCUAGUCAAGUUUCUCCUAAAAUGUGUUUAACGUUUGAAAAGAGGACAGACAUAAAUUGAGUGAUCUCACAUCCCACUCUUAUUUUAAGACACUCCACGGCUGUCUUUAUUUAUUUUUAACUGUCAGCACGUUUGCUUUGUAUGUAGAAAUGUCUUUCACCAAGAACGGUUGAUCAGUUUAAGAUAAAGAGAUGCCUUUGGUUGUGUAUUUUAGAGGUGAUGAUUUGAUCAUUAACAACAUAUGCAGGCUGCAUUAAUGUUGAGUGCCUGUGUUGGAGGACUGGUGUGUGUGAGUGUGUGUGAUUCGAAUUGCUCUUUCUGCUUUUACAGUGUAAACUUUUGUGCAAUAUCUCUGCAGACUGUUGGUGUAUGUCUCUCUUUAGAAUGGAGAGAAUAAAUGGAAAUAUUUCUCAUAAAGGACCGUAAAUUGACCUUUUGUAUAAUACUACUCUUAUGACUAAUUCCCAUGCGAAGUGUGUCAAGGGUUGUUUCUGAGAUUAUUUUAAUUUCUUCUUUUCAAAAUUUCCAAGUCAUGUGCUAAAUUUGAAAAUGGGUGUGUGAAACAGGCUGCAUUAAACAUUCUGAUCCAGAUGUGGUCUUCAAACUUAGAACAAAGACUUCAGAUAAUAAACUGUUCUCUUCUGUCUGUAUUAACAUUUUGUUUUCGGAACGCUGAUUGUUUACGGAACAUGAAAUCUUGCUUAGAUAAACACAAACGAUUGA